AUGAGUACCGAAUCCGCACCGGGUGAGCAUAUGCUCUACGCCUCGCCGAAAACAAGUGUGACAGCCUUGCUGCGAGAAAAUCCAUAUGUGUUUGGCCUCGCUUGUUUCGCCUCCCUGGGAGGUUUUCUAUUCGGCUACGACCAGGGUGUCGUUUCUGGCGUUCUGACCAUGGAAUCCUUUGGAGCAGCCUUCCCUCGCAUCUACCUCGAUAGCGGCUUCAAAGGCUGGUUUGUGUCCAGUCUUCUUCUGGCUGCCUGGUUCGGGUCUCUCGUCAAUGGUCCUAUCGCCGAUCGCUUCGGCCGCAAGAGCAGCAUCUUGAUGGCUGUUGUCAUAUUCACCAUCGGCUCCGCCAUUCAAGCUGGUGCUGUCUCCGUGGGAAUGAUCUUUGCCGGAAGGACCAUUGCGGGUUUGUCGGUCGGAAUGCUCACCAUGAUUGUUCCUAUGUACAUGUCUGAGGUCUCUAUCCCUGGCAUACGCGGCACCUUGGUGGUUCUGCAACAAUUGAGCAUCACGCUGGGAAUCCUUGUCAGUUACUGGCUCGAGUAUGGUACUCACUACAUCGGUGGCGUGCGCUGCGACCCCUCGAUCCCGUACUCUGGUGGAACUGCUUCCGAUCGGACGUUUAAUCCACUCAAAGAUGUUGGCCCACACGGAUGUACUGGACAGUCUGACGCUUCCUGGAGGGUCCCAUUCGCUCUGCAGAUUGUGCCUGCUCUCAUCCUUGGAAUGGGCAUGCUGGCUUUUCCCGAGUCUCCGCGAUUCAUGCUCAUGAAGAAGCGUGAAGACCGAGCCCUUGGCUGCCUUUCCAAGCUCUGCCGCCUCCACAUCGACACCGAGGCCAUCCGCAACGAAUUCCUUGCCAUCAAAGCCGAAGUCCUCAUUGAGGAGGACUAUGUCCGUUCCCACUACCCUGGCAAGUCCGGAUUGAGCCUUUCCAUCGCUCAGUACGUUGCACUGGUGUCGACGUGGCCUGCGUUCUGCCGUCUCUCAAUUGGAUGCUGCACCAUGUUCUUCCAGCAAUUCAUGGGUUGCAAUGCCAUGAUCUACUAUGCGCCAACCAUCUUCGGACAGCUCGGAUUGGCAGGCAACACCACUUCGCUCCUUGCCACUGGCGUUUACGGUAUCGUCAACACACUUUCCACUCUACCGGCGCUCUUCUUGAUUGAUAAAGUUGGCCGCCGACCACCUCUUAUAUGCGGUGCCCUCGGCACCUUCGUGUCUCUCGUCAUUGUUGGCGGUAUCAUUGGCGCCUACGGAAGUAAUCUCGUCCGCCACAAAGCUGCCGGCUGGGUCGGUAUUGCUUUUAUUUACAUCUAUGACAUCAACUUUUCCUACUCCUUUGCCCCUAUCGGCUGGGUCCUGCCGUCCGAAAUCUUUAAUCUAGGCAACCGAUCCAAAGCGAUGUCCAUCACCACCAGCACCACCUGGAUGUGCAACUUCGUCAUUGGCCUCGUGACUCCAGACAUGCUACGCACCAUAAAGUGGGGCACGUACAUCUUCUUCGCCUUCUUCUGUCUCUUCGCAAUGGGCUUCACUUACUUCUUCAUUCCGGAGACCCGCGGCAAGUCUCUGGAGGACAUGGACGUGGUGUUUGGCGACAACCUCGCUCACGAGGAGAAGACCAGGUUAUUCCAGAUCGCAACGCAGUUAGAGGGACGAGGCGUAGGCAACGGUGGAGACAUUGAGAAGGAUGGUUUCGCGCAGGAGAUUGAAUUAAAAUGA